AGAGGUAAACUGGUUAGUUGGCAACUAAAAUUAACCGGGACAUCUUUGAAGUCCUCCGACCUUAAGCACAGGCAGGAAUUAAUAAAAGGAUCAUAUAGUGGAAUAUAUCUAAAUUCAACUUUCUUACCUCCGUGUUCUCCCCCAAAUUCCAAAAUUAUUAAUAGUAGCACAUUUAUAUCGAAAAAAGUUUUAAAAAUACUUUUAUUGUUUGGUUGUGCUGCAUUAAUUUCCACUAUUUGGGAGUUACUUGAGAAUCUCUGCUCUUCCGACACCGAAAUUGCCGAUGAGGAAAAAAAUCUAUUGAAUACGGAUUAACCAUUUUUAACUUGAUAUUUUGCGCAACUCGUAAAAUCUUUCGUACAAUAAGUGCUAUAUUGAAAACUGGUAAUUAGUCACAAUGUACUUAAAGCGCCUUUUAUUAAUUUUUGCCUUAAUAUCUGUGAUAAUAUUGAUCUUACAAUUUUUAUACGUAUACAUGAAUAUACGAAUUGAAAUUUCGGUAGGUAAUGCUAACAUAGAGACUACUCAAUUAAAUAAAUCAUUUAGUGAUGUGACAACUGCAAAACCGUCGCCUAUCCUAAGAUCUGUCACGACACAGCUUGUGGCAUCUUCAAUCAAUGCAUGGGGGCAAACAACCGAUGGAUUAAUUUUACAUGCUGACAUAGAUGAAAACAGUUUAUCAUCGCUGAAGAUACAUUCAGACAAGUCCAUAGCUAUCGGCAUGGGAAUAACCAGUAAGAAACUACCAACAUAUUCAAUUGACGCAACUCUGAGAGCAAUUCCAUUCCUAAAAUUACUGAUUCCAUCAUUCUGCAAUACAAUGACACCUAAAAAGUUUAUCUAUCAUUUUUAUUUAGCAUAUGAUAAAAAUGAUCCCUUCUUCACAGACGAUCAUAAACGGAAGGCGUUUCGUGCUCGCUUUACACAUAUGAUAUUAUCAAACUGCCCUCGAGGGCAUGAUGUUUAUCUAAAUAUGUAUCAAUGUUCUCAUAAUGGAAAACCAGCCUGGGCCCAGAAUGACGCCAUGAUUCAAGCAUACUUAGACAAUGUAUUAUACUUUUAUAGGAUAAAUGAUGAUAGUGUGAUGAUUACUAGCGACUGGACAGAAAAAUUAAUUUCAAGAUUAGAAAGUUAUGACCCUAUAAUGGUUGGUGUUACGGCCCCAAGACACACAGGAGGAGCAGAAACCAUCCUUACCUACGAUUUUGUACACAAGACGCAUAUUGACAUUUGGGGAAUUUAUUACAAUCGUAUUUUCCCUGAUUGGUUUGGGGAUGAUUGGAUUACCAAAAUAUAUCGUCCAGGUAGAUCAACUCAAGUAGCUGACGUUAAAUUAAUCCAUAAAACAACUGCAUCUGGAACCCGAUACAAUCCAACUAUUUCCUUAAACAAGAUUCUAGCGACAACGAUAAGAAAUGACAUAGAAAUGACCCUUAAAACAUACCUAAAAGCAAGAAUUAAUCCACAAUUCGAUAAACUAUCCAAGGAUUCAAAGCGCACAAUUUCCUAUUCAAUGUGGAAAGACGAACCAGCCAUAUUGCACGGUAUAUUAAGAAAUAUUCAAUUGUUACCAGUAAUCUAUCCUGAAUGGUCGAUAUCUGUUUAUGUUCCACCAAAUGGAAUGCAAAGUUCAUUAAUGAAAAGAUUUAUUGCGAGAAUGGUAAUAGAGAAUGGAGUAAAUAUUAUUGAAGUAUCCGACAAAGCUAGUAAAUCAAUUCUUCCUGAACUUUGGAACUUAUUGGUUAUUGAUAAUACGAACAUUGAUUCUUUUUUGAUACGCAGCCCAUAUCACAGGCUAAGUGAACGCGAACGAUCUGCCGUGGAGGCAUUUUUUAGCAGUAAUAAUGAUUUUCAUUGUUUACGCGACCAUCCAAAUCAUACUAUACAAGCAUUAAAUUAUGGGCUAUUUGGGGGGAGAGUUUUAAAAACUCAAGAAAUUAUUGGUAAAUCAAUGUCAAGUUUCCUGGAUAAUAAUUUCAAUCUGAAUUCAGUUCUUGAUAAUCUAUGGCAGGCUAUAAAAGGUCACAAUAUACUCUGUCACGAUAGUUUUUCAUGUAAUAAAUUCCAAAAAUCUAUUAACUUUCCUUCUCAAAGGGUUCACCAUGAACACGUUGGACAAAAUUACAAUAUGCAUCAGCAAGCUUUACCUCAGGACGCUGCUACUUUGCAUUCUAUGCCAGAAAUUCAGUGUUCAGAAUAA